UUUUCUAAACCGCCGCCGCCGUCGCCGCCGCGCCUCGUGUGGACUUCUUCUCUUCGCCGUCUUCUGAUCAUUUCAAGGUGUCAUCAUGCCUUGGGUUCAAUCGUAAUCUUACCUCAUCAAGCUUCUCUGUUGCAGCUGCUUCUGUUGGAUCAUCUUCAACUCUGCAAAAAUGCAAUUUAAGAAGUAUGCAACCCAUCAAGGCCACUGCCACAGAAGUUCCACCUGCAGUUCAGAGGUCGGGUAGCAGCGGAAAGACAAAGAUUGGGAUCAAUGGUUUUGGUCGGAUUGGAAGGUUGGUCCUUCGUAUUGCAACCUCCAGGGAUGAUAUUGAUGUUGUAGCAGUUAAUGACCCAUUCAUUGAUGCCAAGUACAUGGCUUACAUGCUUAAAUAUGAUUCUACUCAUGGAGUUUUCAAGGGAACCAUCAAAGUAAUGGAUGACUCUACUUUGGAGAUCAAUGGGAAGAAUGUGAAAAUUGUCAGUAAAAGGGACCCAGCUGAGAUCCCAUGGGCUGAUCUUGGAGCUGAGUAUGUUGUCGAAUCUUCUGGGGUUUUUACAACCAUGACAAAGGCUUCAGCACAUUUGAAGGGUGGUGCUAAGAAAGUGGUCAUUUCUGCCCCUUCAGCUGACGCGCCCAUGUUCGUGGUAGGUGUGAAUGAGAAGACAUACCAGCCAAACAUGGAUAUAGUUUCCAAUGCAAGCUGUACCACCAAUUGUCUUGCACCUCUUGCCAAGGUGGUGCAUGAGGAAUUCGGUAUUCUUGAAGGUUUGAUGACAACUGUCCAUGCAACUACAGCUACACAGAAAACUGUGGAUGGUCCAUCAAUGAAGGACUGGAGAGGAGGCCGUGGUGCUAGUCAAAACAUCAUCCCUAGCUCAACUGGUGCUGCAAAGGCUGUCGGUAAGGUUCUUCCGGAACUCAACGGAAAACUUACGGGAAUGGCUUUCCGUGUCCCAACACCCAAUGUGUCUGUCGUGGAUUUAACUUGUCGACUUGAGAAGGGCGCCUCUUAUGAAGACGUUAAGGCGGCCAUAAAGUUUGCCUCAGAAGGGCCACUGAGGGGUAUUCUCGGGUACACAGACGAGGAUGUUGUGUCCAAUGAUUUCGUCGGUGAUUCAAGGUCAAGUAUAUUCGAUGCCAAGGCUGGAAUUGGAUUGAGCAAAUCCUUCAUGAAGCUUGUCUCUUGGUACGACAACGAAUGGGGUUACAGUAACCGAGUGCUUGACCUCAUAGAGCACAUGGCGUUGGUAGCUGCGAGCCGCUGAAACUCCGUCAGAGGCGCUGGUUAUUGCCACAGAAGCCGACAAGCUCUCUGCCUGGCCAUAAAUAUAAAAUACCGUAUGAGGUUUGUUCGGGUUUCUUUAGGUGGUAGCUUUUUUGGUUUGGUGUUUUGAGUAAUGGGUUUCUUGCUCCUGGUAUGGGAUCUAUCUAUAGAUAUGUAGACAUGGUUAAAUACCAUGCGACUUCUCUCAAUAAUGGAAAAGAAUUUGUUGUACUAAAGUCUAAAACGGGUAAAAGGAACAAAAAACAUAAGCCCAGACUUGGUGGAAGAAAUUUUGUUUUGAUA